AAAUCAAGGGGAACGGCAGAAGGUUAGAAAUUGGGUUUUACCAAGAUUAGCCUAGUUAGACUUGGCCCAGUGACCUACAUUAGAUAUGGGCCACAAAGCAAGACAAAAACCGUUUGCUGACGUCUGACAUGCUCCUCUCUGCUUCUUGUACCCCCGACUUCUGUUCUAUACUCUCUCUUGGUAUAAAAGCUCGCUGGCGAGCAACCUGUUAGCUCGGCAAUGACCUUGCCCACAGCCAUCAAGGCCGGCGGUACGGUGCUCGUCUUUGGUCUUUGGUCUUGGACGCAGAGGGGCGCCAGUGAAGACGUGAGACGACAUGGCUUCCACUGAGCCCGCAAAGCCAGCACAAGCCUCUGCAUCCCUGAAAGUAUGCUGCGAAAGUGGAAACUCGUUCCGGGAUUCCCCUGACUGCGAAAAAGGUCACGGGUUUAUACAUACAUGGUUUAUUUCGAUUUCGAUUUUAAUUGGCAAACGAAUGUCGACAUUCAACAAAAUGCAUGAGUGGCUGAUGAGGAAAUCCUUCUUUGUAGCGAAAAAAUCAUGAUAAAAUCGAAAAAGGGACUCCGGAUUUCGGGAAUAAAGGCGGUGCACGUACCACGCCCCCACUGGCUUCAUGGCUUUAGUUCCGCGACAAACGCAAUUAGGUUGGGUGGCUAUGCAUGUCGUGGGUGCGUUUCACGCGCAGAGGCGUCAUCAUGACAACAAUUCCUUCCCACCCAGCAGCAGUGCAUCCAAUUGGAAGGACAUAGCUCUCGCACAUCCAGGACAUGCAUAAGUUAAUUAGCUCCGGCAUCCAGAAAGUGCACACCUAUCGCAGGUGGCAGGUGGCGAACGUCGGGUGGCGGAAUGUGUGAUGGAGCAGAAGCUGGACAAACAAAAUCAAUGAACGUACAUAAUAGAGGUUGAGCAGGAUGUUGGACGAGGUCCUUUGGCCGCUUUAACGAUGUUAAACUUUCAGAGCCACUCAAAAUGUGUUGCAUUACGAGUGAAUUUCCGUCAGCAGCGGUGGCAAAUUAAGUUUGCAGCUAAAGUUGGUCUACAGCCAGCCAAGUGCCUCUUUCCACAAAUACUCAAAUACUGCAGCACAAAUACUACGGCAUGCUUGUCAAUCUUUUGUCAAUUAACAAGCCGGAGGCAGGAUAAUUGCAUGUGGGUUGAAUUCAGAUUGCCCUUUGGCACAAUGCAAAAUUACUCGACCUGCAAGCCAGAGCCACUGCAGUUUGUCAUCAGAUUGUUUGUUGAAUGUCACACGAACAAUUACAAAUCUAUUUAUCAAUUGUGCGAAAUGCCAACAAAGGACACACACACGAUUUGACUUUAAAGUGCGCUCAAUAUAUGCACUCAAUAUAUGCAAAUUGGAAACCAAAUGGUAACUUACACGAGCGCUUUAAACAUAAAACAAAUACUGCAAUAUUAUUGUUAAGAUAGUGGUUGUGUUUAAAUAUUCUACUACAUGUAUAUAGGUCACUUUUCCAUUUAAGAGCAGGCAUAUGCUGAUUCUUGUGUAACAAUGUUGGAGUAGUAGGAAGGAACAGAAGAUGGUAUGCGAAAAUAUUUGCAUGUCCUGUGGAGCAGGAAAAAGACGCUUAAACGAGAGGAAAAACAGCUUGACAUUGACAUUGGAAGAGCCAAAGGCAGCGAAAAAAGAGUGAGUCGCAGCCAGGACAUCGAAGCUUUGCAAGCUCUCUCUCUCUUUAUCUCUCUCUCUCUCGGAGCGAUAUAAAAGCCACGUCCUGGCGAGUCCAGGCUGCAUUUGCCAACAAAUCGCGAAAGGGGCAGGACGAGCCCAGCUUCGAGCUUCGAGUCCAAACGGCACGCGUUUCAUUCUCGGUUAUUUGUGUUCCGAAUAUACCCAUGUAGUUUUAACCCAGUGUUGGCUAACAUGCCUGGCCAGAAGGAGCAGCCCCAUCCGAUGCGUAGACCCAUUAGCCAGCUAACACACCAUGUUCUGGACGGCGGUAGCCUCCUCCACACUCUCCUCCAACAGCGCCGAGAGCUCGGCGGGAUUGGCCAGUGCGGCGCCCAGCUACCAGCAGCAGCACACGAAGCCAUCGCCACUGCGAGCAUCCGCCAGCAGCUGGCAGCUUAGCAAUGCAGCAUUCAAGUCGCGCCUGCAACAGCAACAGCUACUGCAGCAGCACCAGCAACAGAUACAGCAGCAGCAUCAGCAGCAGCACGAGCAGCAGCAGCAACAGCAACAGGAGCAUCAGCAACAGGAGCAGCAGCAACAGGAGCUGCAGCAACAACAGCAGCAGCAACUGCAGCAGCAGCAGCAACAGGAGAACGCAUCCCAGCAGGAAGUGCAACCGAGUAGGGAGGACAACAGACGGGCGGUGGGGCAAAAGACCAAGCUUCAGACAGCGAACAUCAAAAAGAAAAUCAGUCCCAAGAGUGAGAGUAAAAUAUUCAAAGCGUUCACCUCCUGCAAGUGCACCCAAAAGUAGGAGUUGGUUCACGUGCCAGUGUACAAAUGACAAAAGAAUAACAACCAAACAACUGAAAAACCCAAGAACAAAUCGAAACUGAUAUGACAUAUUUUUUGAUGCAUUUUCAAGGUAGAAACAUUGCAAAACUAAAACCAAACAAAGCAAAAGGCACUCAAAUAACAAGUAAGAACGUACAAGUUCCUGUGCAUAUUUAAGAGAAGCAAAGUAACAUUGAAUACAUGUAAUGUGCGCCAGUUUUAAGGAAUAAAACAUACUUUCUAUGGUAAGCUUAUUAUCAUAUCUCAGCGGAAGCAGACCUUCAGUCUCACACAUUUGUCAGAUAUUCGCCACAUUCCAUUUCGCAUCCAUCAAAGUUUGGCUUUGAUUAGCACAUGAUUUGACAUGCCGAAGGUUAAUUUGCAUGAUUGAAGUUGGCCAGAAAGGCUUUUUGGCCGGCGGGGCAGAGGCCAUCAAUCAAAAAAGGACGAUUUCCGGCCAAAGUAUGAUAAUUAUUUGUCAACUCUGCUCGCAACCCUCGCAUGUUACAUAUUUGCCUAUAAAUUCUUCAUUACUUUUGGAGAGGUACUUGGUUUACUAGUUGAGUUGCACCUUUGGAUAAAUAGUAACUUUUUCUAGCUUCUUUUCAACUUUAAGCGAACUUUGGGAAAGCAAUUUGCUUGCCCUUUUGAUUUUCGCUUCAUUCGGCUUUUAGAAAACUUUUGCUCUUAACAGCAUUAUAAUUGGUUCUUUGAAUUGCGCUGCAAGAAAAGUAACCUAAGCCCGCUCAAAGUUGAAGUGCAUUAGGAAUUUAUAGGAAGCCGAGGAAGGUAAAAACUUGGCAUUGAGUCGAUGGGAAGCGUUGUCUGUUGUUUAACUAGAGUCCAGUAAUCGCAGUGCCACUUGCCUGCAAAUAUGAAUUGCACACUUUACCAUAUGGCUGUGGAUAUUCUCAGCACGUUUGAAGCCGCCAUUAAAGUGGAGAAACCAAUUAUCGUCCUGGCCCAAGUCCGCUUAUGGCAAUUAGCAAAGGGAAAUGUGCGGUUUAGUUCGUCCAGGAAUAGAGUACUCCUCCUCCUGCCACCAACCAUCCUGCACCACAUCGAAGGUGACACACAGGCACGCAAUAAAUUUUUAUUGCCCGGCAUAAAAGCGAAAAGCCAGGCCAAAGUCCAAUGUCCAAUGUCCAAUAUCCAAUGGGUCAGACCAACGCCCAGCGGCACUGACAAUGAGCCCAAGGAGAAGAGGAAGUGGGCCAAAUGGAGGCGAACCAGGCCGCAAAUUGCUUAUCGAUUCGCAGAUUUGCCUUCGCCACUUUUUAUGAUUUUAAGCCGAAUGCUUGGCCCGAAUUCGCUGACGCAGUUGGCAAAUUGAUUCAACCGACAGUGGAAUGGAAAAUUCUCGGUUAUUUAGUUCAUUGCGAAACAUAAGAUUCGCUGCCAAUGAUUUUCCCGGAAUUCCAUCAAAGGGCAAAACUGUGACCAAGGCAUUUCAAUUCGCUGUGAAUGAAUUAAGCCAACUGUGACUACUGUUGCAUUAAACACAAAGCUGGUGUUUUAUGUGCCAUGGAGAAGUUUUAAUUUCGUUGGGGAAUUGCGUAUGCUAAGCGAGGGAGGCCUCAACAAGUGGCACACAUAGGUGUAUUCCCACGUACAUUUAUUUCAUCUCAGACAAAUGACAAUUUCGGCGAAAUCCCCAAGGCAAACAACCCGACAAACAUGGAACUCUUUAUAAAUUAAUGCGGUCACAGGCUGGCAAUUUUAAUAAAUAAAGCGGAUUGCUUUCAGAGCUAAAGAGUUAACAAAUAUACCAAGUUAGGGCGCCCACGAAAGUUUUAUAAAUAACUAUUUAAAUGCUGCAUAAUAAACUAUAGUUUUUUCGACCAAUAUAAGUGCACUGAAUCGGAAACUUAAAUGAUAUUUCCCACCAAUGACACUUGAUAGCCAAUAGGUUUGCGUAAAAGUUAACCAAUUAAGCCAGGCUUACACAAACGAAGACAAUAAUGGAAGAAUAAAGGGACAAUUACAGCUGUUUUUGCUGAAUUAAGCCCCACAAAUAAAAUUUAGGAUCAAAAUAUGUCAAACGCACUGCUACUCUAAUUAGUUCAUCCAAGGUGUCGACUGCGGGUUGGUGGGUUUACACCCAUCUAAACGUGGCUAAAUGUUACUAAAUGUGGCUAAAUGUGAGUUAAGCCUGAAUAAUGGACGUGGGGCCGUUAAUUUGUUGUGGACUGAAAUCUGUCAUUGUCUUCCACCGGCUGCCAGUGGCUUUACUUUCCCCUAUUUAAAAACAAAAGACAACACACAAAUGUCUCAUGAACAAUUGUCAUGAAUACAGCGCAAAGCAUUUUACACCAAAUUUUCAACUUCCACAUCAUUUUCGCUACAGUUAACAAUUACCGAAACGAAUUUGCGCACUUUUUUGCAUUUUUAUUCUAAACACACAGCACACCAGCAAGAUAUGAAUUUAUGCGACAGUCUGCCAAGCAAUUUGCUUUUUCCCUUUCAAAAUUCGCUGCGACGGCGAAAAUGUUCGACAAAAAAAGUAAAAAAGACAGACGACCCCAAAAAGUAGGCAAUGUUUUAUUUGUCGAUGCAAAAGGAAGUUGCGCCUGUAAUUGGAGCUGUAGCUGAAUUCGCAGGCAGCUUAAGGAAUUUGCAUAAUUUCGGAGAAAGGGCGAAAGUAAAGGGCGGGAGAGAGUGGAGUGAAAAGUGAAAGGCAAACAUACGACCAAGAGUGAAUAAUAAACAGAAAGCAAAAUAAGCGUAAAGAAUGCCAGAAACGUGUUCCUGGCUGUCCAAUGGCAUGGAAGAAAAUAGAAUUCCAGAUGGACAAGAAAAGCAAAACGCUUUGAAGCCUUCACCUUGGGCAGGUGGCACUGCAAAUGAGGAAACAAAUAACACAGAAGGUCACUUCACAACUCAUUUUUCAACAAUGUUUGCCAGUUGGUUUCUGUUUGUUUUAGCUGCCGGACAGGACAAAUUGCCGGACAACAGAAAAAAGGGCGCUAAUUCAACAUGUGAUUUUUUACUCCCUUCAUAUUAAUAGGCUCACAUUUUUCAUAAUACAUGAUGCGCAGUUAAAGUAAUUUGCUCACAUACAUACUUCUUGCAUAUGUUAAUUUUAAUGCAAAGCUUUUUCUACUCUGUUUCCAAGCGAUUAAUAAAAUUGCCUCAACGGACUCAAUCAAACCAGUGAUUUGCACAAAAUCUGGCUAAGCAGCAGUCGCAAUUAUCUCUUUUGAAUAUUAAUUAAUUUGUUUGGCCUAGUUGAAGCCAAAAUACUGCACAUAAAUAGAGCAAAGUUUUGGCCUUAGGGCAACACUUUAUCCAAAUGCUAUUUCCACUGGCCAAUGGCCAGAAUUUUGUGGGUUGCUAGGGCCAAAAUGCUGGGAGCCCGAACCGCUUGUUACUUAUUAAAUUGGGGUUUCCACUGUUGGAAGUCCUACGCCAAAGAAAGUUUGAUUACACAGCUUAGAACAAAGUCCCAAUAGCUGCCACACGGCAAAAACUUUCUCAAGGGGUCGCCCAAAGAAUUAGGCCCAGUCUUACUAACAACUUUGAUUUCGUUUUUUUUUCUGAGUAGGGAGGGUUAAUCUCAAACAGCAAAGUAUAAACAAUUUGAAAAUUUACAAAGUUUUUUUGCGGAUUAAAAAUCAAGAAUCAAAGCAGGGAAUUCAGUAAGAUGUAUUCGACAAAAAACGCAAUGACGCAAUGAUGAGACUGCCAAAUCCAAUAAUAAUUUAAAGUCUCUUUCAACUUUUAACGAGAGUAGGUGAAAAGGUCAUAUUUAUUUAUUUGGCAAAACUGGAACUUUUCAAUUGCGUUUAGUUGGCGUAUUUAUUUAUGGCGCCCAAGAUGCUCAAGUU